AUGUCGCGAGCCAAAGUUCUCAUGCAGAAACGCUCCACGCUAAAGGGACAACUCAGGGUGCUCGAGACGUUGAUGGCAGAGAAAUCGUUUGAUACGGUGAAGGCUCGGCUGAGAUUCGAUCGCGUGAAGGAGUUAUUUAGCGCAUACAAGAAGCUAAAUGACGAGCUCGAGGUGAUCGACCCCAAUGAUGCGCACGUGACCAAGAUGACGAACAUCACUGACCGGUAUUACACGGUAGCAGCGAAACUUAAGCCGAUAUUUGCGGUAGCUGAUGCUCAGUCAGACCCGAGUCCCAGCGGCGAUCCCUUAGCAACGUCAUCCUUUAUUGCGAAGCAAAAGCUUCUGAAGCUAUCAGUCGCCAAGCUUCCAAAAUUCAAUGGGCAGUUUGAUAGGUGGAUAACGUUCAAAAAUGCAUUUGGAACGAUGGUUAUUGUACACACGGACAUCGACGACCUCGUUAAAUUCUUUUACUUGAAGGAUGCGUUACAGGGGGAAGCGCUCAAUAAAAUCUCGAUUUUCGACGCAACUGCAGCCAAUUACAAAAGCGCGUGGAAGUUACUUAUCGAUGCAAACGAUCGAAAAAGAAUUCUAGUGGCAAAACAUUUAGACGCUCUUAUAGAUAUUAAACCGUUAGAGGCUGCAAAUGCACAAGGGCUGUCGAAAUUGGUGGACGACACUUGCCAGCAUCUAAAUGUUUUGUCUUCUUUAGGCGUAGUUUUGGACGACACAAUAAUAGUACGAUUGCUGGAGCGGGCUUUACCGAUUAGUAUUCGUCAGAAAUGGGAAGAGUCAUUAGAUUUUGAUGUGCUCCCGAAACUCACGCAAUUUUCUAAAUUUGUCAAUGCGAUGACGUUUUGA